UGUGAACUCUUGGAAACUAUAAAGAAGUAAAAAAAAGUAAGAAGAAAAGGAAAAGAAAAUACUUAGAGGCAUUGGGAAGACCCUACUCCCACCACAACCACCACCACUACCUCCACCAACAACACCAACACCACCACUACAUUACCACCUCCACCACCAUCACCACCACUAUUGCAUGGUAUCUUUUUGGUCCAUCAUGAAUUCUACGUCUCGUUAUGGUGAAUGAUGUAAUUGUUCUUACUCGAAUGAAGAUGAAACUAAAAAUUAGUCAGGAACCAGAAAUGGUUCCCAGAUGUGAUGCGUAUAGAGGUUUGGUGUGUGAGGAAUAUCGUUAACUGAUUGAAGAGAGUGGUCUGCCUAAAAAUUAUCCAUAUCGGCAAGUUAAAUAAUUAAGAACAAACUCAGCAGCUACAACUACAACAACAACAACAACAACAACAACAAAAACAACAACAACAGCAGCAGCAGCAAUUAUAAUGUUUUCUUUAUUUGCCACAAGGGGAACGUAUGAAGAACAAAGACAAUGCACAAAAGCGGUCAGAGUUUUACAUUGUGUGUUGGCAUAAAAAAAAAUUGCUACAUAACAAAUAGAAAAGAUAUAAAUGGAAUAUAUGCAAAACAUAAAUACCAUAUUUUCUUAUGUAUAAGUCACACUCGUGCAUAAGUCACACUUAUAUAUAAGUUGCACUCAUGUAUAAGUCACACCCCAGUUUUUUCAGUUAAAACCAAGUAGAAAAUAGUGUGACAUAUAUACGAGUAAAAAAGGUGUAUAUAUAUAUAUAUAUAUAUAUAUAUAUAUAUAUAUGCGUGCGUGUGUGUGUGUGCAUGUGCGUAUGUAUCUGUGUGUAUAUGUGUGUGUGCACAUGACUGUGAUCCAAAGGAUGAGGAUGGACACACUAGUGCAAUUAAGGGCUUGCCAAAAAUCAUCAGCGUUCCCUUUGGCAUUAAGGCAAGUGGCUUCUCCAUGCUGUGAUGAUUCUGUAAAUGAAAACUGAAAGUAGAUCUAACCAGCCAUACUGAGACACUCAUACACACGUACAUACAUACACUCACCAACCUUAUAAUAAUAAUAAUAAUAAUAAUAAUAAUAAUAUAAUAAUGUUCGUUUCACACGAUAUUGUUUCAGCUUUGUCUGUUUUGCUUCUUCUUGUCAUUCAUGUUGCUGGGGCACGUGUUUCUGUGACAAAUGACACAAGCUUAAGGUUACAUAAACCUUCAUUCCGUCGCCAGCCCCAGCCUCUCCAAUAUGGCACACCAGGUGAGAAGAUGAAGUUUGUAUGUAAAGUCAGAGGUCACUCCAAGUUAAGCAUGUCCUGGUUCAAAAAUUCACAGAUUCUGAAGCAAACGGCAGACACUAACAAUAAUAGUUCCCGAAUUAAAGUUUCACGGAAUACUUUAGUAAUGAACCCUUAUAAAGCAGAGGAUUCUGGGAAUUAUUCUUGCAGAACAGAAACAAAAAAUGGUCAUAAACUGAGAUCAGAUUUCCGGGUUCUCACCAAAAAUCUUUCUCAGGCAGAGUCCAUAAAAACUGACCAAAUGCACAAUGAAAGCAUUGAAGGGGAAAGCGAAGGUAAACCUCCAUUUUGGGUUCGUAAAGACAGAUCUGAUCUAUACUUUCCUGCAGGAUCACAGUUAAAACUCCGCUGCUACGCUGAUGGAAAUCCUGUUCCGAAAGUGAUAUGGAAGAAAGGGAAUCGUAUCAAAUGGGAAGGUCAAACGAUGAUAAUGAAAAAAUUGGCCCCUAAACAUGAAGGGGAGUAUCAGUGUAUUGCUGAAAAUAAACAUGGUCGAAUUACUCAUCGAUACAAUCUACAUGUAAUCAGAGUAAGCAAGCAGGCACCACCUGUAGUUAAAGGCAUCACUAACCAAACCGUAGCUGAAGGUAGUGUUGCCAGGUUCAAAUGUGUUGUGAGUAGCGUAUCAUCGCCUUAUAUCGAGUGGUUGAAAGUAUCUUCGGUGAACACAACAGGAAGCACAAAUAUAAAACAGGAACUGUUUAUUGAGAAAAACCAGGCGACUGGGUUAUACGUGGUCUGGUUUGUCAUACAAAAUGUCACAGCAUCAGACACGGGCCGAUACAUCUGCCAGGCAUCAAACGCAUCUGGUAGAGCAUCAAUGAGUGCUUGGCUUGGUCUGUCCAGUGAGACAAAUAACGACCCAAAUCAACCAAUCAUGGAUGAGUUAGCAGAAAACUCCCGUUCUUCGGGAUACUCAGUGACACAACGGCGGUGUAGAGGUCGUGUCGGGGUAAUGUUAGCUGUUGUGAUAAUGGUUGUCAACUUGGGCUUACGCUGAAUGAUAACACAUACAUAUAAUACACAAAUACAUAUAUACAUAUCUACACAUAUAUGCACAUACAUAUACAUAUACAGAUAUAUACAUACAUAUGUAUAUAUUUAUAUAUAUAUGUAUAAAC